AUGAUGCACGCAACGACGAUGUUCGCGCGAUUGGCGCCCGGGCGGGUCGUCGCUGCGCAGCCGAAGCGCACUGUGGUCUCGAAGGCCUCCACAGGGCCGUCCGGGACCGGGCAGUACUACAACAGCGACGACGACCCCGUGGUCUACAGCCCAGAGACCGUCUACUCCCCAUACCAGCAGCAGUCAGAGCGCGAGUCCGCGCCGCGUCUGGACCGUUGGCUCAAGUCAGGUAACCCGUUCGACCUGGUCGCGAUGGGCCCCCGCGCGGCGCUGGGGGCCUUGAAGAAGUUGGGCGACGUCACGACCGAGGUGCGCGAGCUGCAGGGGACGCUGAACUCGCUGAUCCAGGACCCGCGCCCGAUCAACGAGAAGCCCCAGGUGCUGAUCGACGAGUUCUCGGGCGUCCUGGCGCGCUACAUCGAGGACGGGGAGGCAGCCGAGCGCGAGGCGCUGAAGCUCGUGGUGCAGCAGGUGCCCGCGGAGGUGCGCGAGCAGCUGCCGUCGGACCUGCGCGUCGCGCUGGAGCAGAUCGAGGCGGGCAAGGGCAUCAGCGGCGUGUACGACGUGGAGGUCGAGCCGCCGAGCUACCGCGCGGGCGGGGAGGCGUACGGCAGCGCCCCCGCGGGGGGGUCGGCGUACGAGCCGUACGGGUACGACUACAAGGUCGGGGGGUCGUCGUCGUCGACGGGCGGCGGUGCGGCGUCGUCGUACGCGGCGUCGUCGCCCGCGCCCGCCGCGGAGCAGCCCAGCCCCGCGGAGAGCCGCAUUGCGGCUGAGCUGGGGCAGGUGGCGACGGCGGCGGCGGGCGUGCGGCAGGCGCUGCUGGACCUCCGGACGAGCGAGGACCCCGCGCAGGACAAGAUGCUGACGGCGAAGAUCCGGGACGCGCGCACGUCGCUCGACGGGUCCCUCAGGGCCGUGAGUCCGUCGACGCGGUCGUCGUCGGACGCGUCGGUGGGGCAGGCGCUCGCAGAGGCCGACAUGCUGCUGCAGGAGGUGGACGACCUGCUCGACGGCGGGUACUGA